AUGUAGUGCCUUCAACUGUGGAGAAAUGGGUGAUUGCGUUUUUAAUAAUGAUGAUAUGAAGCCGCAUUGUCGGUGUAAGAAUGGUUGGACAGGAGACAAAUGUGAAACAGAUUUAUGUGGUGCCCGUGACUGUGGAGAAAUGGGUUAUUGCGUAUGGAAUGAGAAGGAGAGGAAGACACAAUGUUUGUGUAAAAACGGUUGGUCGGGCGAAAAUUGUGAAACAGACUUAUGCAGUGACUUUGACUGCGGGGAAAUGGGAAGUUGCAUAUUUAACGAACAAGACAUGAAGCCGAGAUGCCUCUGUAAGGAUGGUUGGUCCGGCGACAAAUGCGAAGCAGAUUUAUGUGGUGAAUUUAGCUGCGGAGAAAUGGGUUAUUGCGUAUGGAAUGAAAAGGAAAUGAAGCCGAAAUGUUUUUGUAAGAAUGGUUGGUCCGGUGAAAAAUGUGAAAUAGAUUUGUGCAAAGCACUUGAAUGUGGGGAAAUGGGAAGCUGCAUAUUUAAUGAACAAGAUAUGAAGCCAAAAUGCCUGUGUAAGGAUGGUUGGUCCGGCGACAAAUGCGAAACGGAUUUAUGUGGUGAAUUUAGCUGCGGAGAAAUGGGUUAUUGCGUAUGGAAUGAAAAGGAAAUGAAGCCGAAAUGUUUUUGUAAGAAUGGUUGGUCCGGUGAAAAAUGUGAAAUAGAUUUGUGCAAAGCACUUGAAUGUGGGGAAAUGGGAAGCUGCAUAUUUAAUGAACAAGAUAUGAAGCCAAAAUGCCUGUGUAAGGAUGGUUGGUCCGGCGACAAAUGCGAAACGGAUUUAUGUGGUGAAUUUAGCUGCGGAGAAAUGGGUUAUUGCGUAUGGAAUGAAAAAGAAAUGAAGCCGAAAUGUUUUUGUAAGAAUGGUUGGUCCGGUGAAAAAUGUGAAAUAGAUUUGUGCAAAGAACUUGAAUGUGGUGAAAUGGGAAGUUGCAUAUUUAAUGAACAAGAUAUGAAGCCAAAAUGCCUGUGUAAGGAUGGUUGGUCCGGUGACAAAUGCGAAACGGACUUAUGUAGUGGCUUUAACUGUGGAGUUCAUGGUGAUUGCGUAUGGAAUGAGAAGGAGGAGCUGCCGCAGUGUCGGUGCUAUAAGGGUUGGUCUGGAGAAAAAUGCGAAAAAGGUCCCUGCCAGGGUAGGAACUGUAGUGGUCACGGAUAUUGUGAAUGGGAUCCGCAAUAUGAACGGCCUAGAUGCAUUUGCCAAGAUGGAUGGAUUGGUCCAAACUGCCAAACAACUGCUUGCGAAGAACGAGACUGCAAUAAAAAUGGAGUCUGCCUGUGGGAUCCUGUUGAAAAAGUUCCUCGGUGUCUGUGUGAGACUGGCUGGACUGGAAAAGACUGUCAAUUAAAUGCUUGCCAAUAUAGGGAUUGUAACCAGAAUGGAAUUUGUCUGUGGGAUCAAACUCAAAAAGCCCCAGUGUGUAUGUGCAAAAGUGGCUGGGCUGGUAAAGAUUGUGAGUUAAAAACCGCAACUGAAAACCGUUAUUCCAACUUGCGGUUGCUGUUGAUGUUUGCUGUGAUAACUACUUGUGCCAUAUUGUUCUUCAUCUGUUUAAUUAUCCUAAUGUGCCGGAAUAAAAGGUUAGAAGAGAAAUUACUACCAUAAAAGAAACGAGGAAUUGUCUCAGGGGGAGAGAAGGCUUCAAAGAAGAUCAAAUGAUUGCGUUUAAAUAAAGAAUGUCAACUGCACUAAAAACUAAACUAAACG